CAGCUGGACACGGAAACACAGCGGAGAGAGCUACAGCAGACAUGGCUCUCAAACGAGAAGAUACAGAGCGAGCGCUGCAGGCGAUGGAAGCCUGUCAAUCAGCAGGUGAUGAAGGUUUCAGGAGUCGUGCUGAAAGACUCUUGACCAUCUUUCAGAGUGACCUGUUUCAGGCUCUGCUGGAUAUUCAGGAGUUUUAUGAGCUGACAGUGUUUGAGAAUCAGACAUUCACACCGGGACUGAAGUACCGUUAUCAUGACGAGGAGACACCGCCGCUGCAGCACAGUCCAGCUCACCUGACCGCAGGAAAGUCUGCAGAGAUGCUGACCGUCAGCGACGCCGGACACGCCCCCAUCGACGGUAUCCACGGUUACACACCCCAGAUGCACGGGUCUCCCGCCAAACCGGUGUUGCUCCCCAGCGGUCACCCACCCUUCUAUGCCACCUCCAGUCUGGUGAGUGUUCCUCUGCUUCUGAUUGGCUGUGAUGUCACUUCCUGUAGACGCCUCACUGGAUCUAACAGAGGCUCUGUUCCAAAACACACCCUUGCAGUCUUUGACCGCUUGUCUAUUUGGCUGAUGUAUUUCUAGUGGACAUAAAGACAUCAAGUGUGUGUAAAAGGCAUGAUUACUGGAUGGGACGCACUACACAGAGGGUUGUGAUCUAGUGCUGCACGGGUUGGGUCGGGUCGGGUCGGGUAUCGCGCGUCCUGUAACAAAUCUGCCUCAUCUGCGCACAGAAGUUAUCAAUCUAAAUGUUCUGAAAUCAGUCAACGGUGAAAAUCAAUAGAUUUCACUUAAAGUCCAACACUAAUAUUGGACAUAAACGAACACGUUAAAUAUAAAGUAUUCACAACAGGUAAGUUGAUAUAUUUGGAGUAAAGAUGAACUGAACUGCUGCAUCAGUCGUACAGCGCUCCGGACCGCGCGCCUCAUGCACGAGCCUGACGCACCGCCACAGACACGAGAAUGAGAUGCAUUCUAACAUAACUGUGCAUUAA